AUGUGGAUUACUUUCUACGUUGCUGUUUCAGCUGUUCUAUUUAUUCAACUUCAUGCUCAACCAGAAUUCAUCAGCAUAAAUUGUGGAUCUCAAGAAGGUUAUACUGACCCGUUACUAAUAAAUUACGUUUCGGAUGCGGAUUUCAUAAAUACUGGUGUGAGUGGGACAAUAUCAUCUGAAGAGAACAGCAGAUACAAUACUCAACGACAACUAUGGACGCUGAGAAGCUUCCCGGAAGGAAGAAGGAACUGUUACAAAAUAAAUGUCACAAGAGCCUCUAAGUAUCUCAUCCGCACUACUUUUCUGUACGGAAAUUAUGAUGGCCGAAAUAUAUUACCACAGUUUGAUCUUCUUAUCGGACCUAACCCCUGGGGUACAGUCACUAUAUUCAAUGCAGCAUUUUCUCAAUUCAAGGAGAUCAUACAUGUACCUUCAAUGGAUUAUGUGCAAAUCUGUCUGGUUCACACAGGCAAUGGCAUACCAUUUAUAACAGCCAUAGAAUUCAGGACUUUGAAAUAUGAUGCAUACGUUAUUCCAUUCGGAUCAAUGCAACUUUACAAUUACCUGCGCUGCGAUUUGGGUUCACACACAAGCUACAGGUACCCGGUUGAUGUUUAUGAUCGUGUCUGGUAUGCUCGUUCUCACUGGUCCGCUUGUAAUUUCGGUGAAAAUUGGAAAUCACUAAGUUCCUCCAAUCCUGAUAAUUUUUUGAAUCAGAAUGGUUACAAGCCAGGAGAGAUCAUGAGCACCGCAGUUGAACCAGAAAACGAUAGUGCUCCGUUGGUAAUAAGCUGGGAGCCACAAAAUGAAACUGACCAAUUCUAUGUGUAUAUGUACUUCACGGAAAUUCAAGUGUUAACCAAGAAUCAGACAAGACAAUUCAACAUUAUGCUGAACGCUGAAUCAUUACUUCAAAAUUUUUCUCCGCGUUACCAAAUUGCCGAUACCAUAAAUGCGACGACAGCCAUCAGUGGGAAAGAAAUUAAAUUUUCCCUCGAGAGGACUGAAAAUUCAACCCUCCCUCCCAUCAUCAGUGCCAUUGAAAUUUACAGAGUAAUAGACUCACAGAACCCAGAAACAUUCCAAGGAGAUGUUGAUGCAAUUACCAGCAUUAAGUCUGCCUAUGGAAUGGAAUGGGAUUGGGAAGGUGAUCCAUGUGCCCCUGCAGCCUACUUGUGGGAUGGUCUCAACUGUACUUAUCUCGGCAAUGAGUUUCCAAGAAUCACAGCUUUGAAUUUAUCUUCGAGUGGAUUGUCAGGAAAGAUUGACUCUUCUAUCUCAAACCUCACCAUGUUGGAGAAGCUGGAUUUAUCUAACAAUAACUUAAAUGGUGAAGUUCCUGAUUUUCUGUCUCAAUUACAACACUUAAAGACCUUAAAGUUGGAAAAGAAUUUCCUCUCCGGUUCAAUUCCCUCUGCUCUUGUUGAAAAAUCACGCGAAGGUUCUCUCUCACUAAGUGUCGAUCAAAACCUAUAUACAUGUGAAUCUGGCCAAUGCAACGAGAAGAAAAAGAAAAACACUGCUACACGUACAGCCAUAGUAGCCUCGACCAGUGGGGUUUCAUUUAUUCUAAUAGCCGUUGGAAUAUUGUGGAUCUUUAAAAGGAAACAAUCAAAAGUUGAAAAAUUUACAGAUUCGGUGGCAGUAAAUCAUCAGAUUGAGAUUUCACAGCAAUCCACAGAAAAGGAUAAUUCGUUCCAGCAAGGCACAAGUCAAAAGUAUUCAUACUAUGAUGUCCUUCAAAUCACUAACAAUUUGAAUAGAAUUAUUGGUAAAGGAGGAUUUGGAACAGUUUACCUGGGCUUUAUCGAUGAGACUCCAGUUGCAGUGAAAAUGCUUUCCCCAUCAGCAGUUCAUGGUUAUCAACAAUUUCAAGCAGAGGUUAAACUUCUAAUCAGAGUUCACCACAAAAAUUUGAUAUCCCUUAUUGGUUACUGUAACGAAGGAACCAAUAAGGGCCUUAUAUAUGAAUACAUGGCUAAAGGCAACUUACGAGAACAUCUCUCAGGUAAACACAACGAAUCACCAUUCUUGAGCUGGAAGGACAGACUUCGUGUAGCAGUGGAUGCAGCCGUAGGAUUGGAAUAUCUGCAUAAUGGUUGCAAGUCUCCUAUAAUCCAUAGAGAUGUAAAAUCUUCAAACAUCUUGUUGGAUGAACACUUCCAAGCAAAGUUAUCUGAUUUUGGUCUUUCGAAAGUUUUCCCAGAAGAUGGGAGAUCUCAUGUGUCAACUAUUGUUGCUGGUACACUUGGUUAUCUGGACCCUCACUACCACUCUUCCAAUAGAUUAACACAGAAAAGUGAUGUUUAUAGCUUUGGAGUUGUUCUUUUGGAAAUAAUUACAAAUCAAUCAGUAAUGGCAGGAAAUGAAGAAACGGGUCACAUAAGUGAACGAGUUAACUCCAUGAUACCAAAAGGAGAUAUCAGGGCCAUAGUUGACUCAAGCUUAGAAGGAAAUUUUGAUAUUAAGUCGGCAUGGAAAGCGGUAAAAAUAGCAUUGGUCUGUGUUUCUCCAAAUCCCAACGAAAGGCCAAUGAUGAAUGUGGUAGUGAGUGAACUACAGGAGGCUUUAGCGACCGAAGUAGCUAGAACAAACCAUGACAGUGGUGCUGAUACUAGGUAUUCAGUUGCACCGGUCAGCGAGAAUGUAGACAGCGAAAUCAUGCCGUCGGCUAGGUAA